UUCAUAUAUAGCACAGAUGUCUUUUCCUCUCACACACAAUCUUUUCAAGCAAAGGUGGUGGUGGCUAGAAAACCACAUUUUACAUGUACAGCCACAUCAUUCCAUUUAACCCGGAGGCAUUUCACACCUUAAGCUUCAAGCCCUUCCUCCUUUUUUUUCUCCAUAUAAGCCCUCACACCCCAUCUCCUCUUGUGAGUUAAGAAGUGCAAUUCAAAUUUUCUCACUAGCUUCUUUCAUCAUGCCUUCAACUGCUUUUCAAUGGCUAAGCCUUAUAGGUAGCAUUUGGCUACAAGCCAUAAAUGGAACAAACACCAAUUUCCCUGCUUACUCCUCUCAGCUGAAGCAACUCCUUUCCAUGUCCCAAGUGCAGCUCAAUAACCUUGCUUUUGCUUCUGAUGCAGGCAAACUUUUUGGCUGUUUUUCAGGCAUGGCAGCUGUUUACCUCCCCCUUUGGCUUGUCCUCAUGAUAGGUUCAACUCUGGGGUUAAUUGGUUAUGGAGUGCAAUAUCUCUUCAUAACAAACCAAAUUUCCUCUUUGUCCUAUUGGCAUGUUUUCUUUCUAACUGUUCUAGCAGGGAAUAGUAUUUGUUGGAUUAACACUGUCUGCUAUGUUGUCACAAUAAGGAACUUCUCAUCUGAUCGCCAAGUUGCUGUGGGAUUAACAACUAGUUACCAAGGAUUAAGUGCAAAGAUUUACACCAGCAUUGUUGAUGCUGUUUCUGAACACAAAAAAGCUAGAACCUUUCUCUUUUUAAACUCAAUCUUACCUGUGAUAGUUGGCCUAAUAGCAGCUCCUUUAGUCAGAGAAAUAGAAGUCUCAAGGCCUAAACAUAUGGGUGUAGGAUUUGUUGUUAUGUUUGUUAUUACAAUUGCCACUGGAAUAUAUGCUGUGAUGACCAGCUUGCAAUUUGUAUCUAACAAAAUAUCUCCACUGGGUAACCUUGUUGGUAUUAUAGUGUCCCUUUUCCUCCCUCUGCUAGUUUCAGUUUCUGUGAAGAUCAGUGAACUAGUGGGGUCGUGGCAGACAAAUAGAGAAAGACUGAGAGUCUACCAUUUUACAGUAGAGGAGAGCACUGAUAAAGAGAGAACAGAGAAUGAGAUGAAAGAGGGUGAAGAUAGCAGAGAAGUUCAAGAGGUUGGCAUUAGAGAAGAAAUAGGAGUGAUGUUGAUGCUGCAAAGAAUAGAUUUCUGGUUAUAUUUCUUUGUGUAUUUAUUUGGUGCCACACUGGGUUUAGUAUUUCUUAAUAACUUGGGACAAAUAGCUGAAUCCAGGGGUUACUCCGAUACUUCAUCGUUGGUGUCUUUGUCUUCCUCUUUUGGGUUCUUUGGACGUCUCAUGCCAUCUAUUAUGGACUACUUUUACCGGGGAAAGUGUAAAAUAUCAAGACCAGCUUCUAUGGUGGCAUUGAUGGCUCCAACAGCAGGCGCAUUCUUCUUACUUCUCAAUAAAACUCACGUUGCACUCUAUAUUAGCACUGCAAUAAUUGGAGUUUGUACUGGAGCAAUCACUUCAAUUUCUGUUUCCACCACCACCGAACUAUUUGGACCCAAGAAUUUCUCCGUGAACCAUAAUGUGGUGGUGGCCAACAUUCCAAUAGGCUCCUUUCUGUUUGGCUACUUGGCUGCCCUUAUUUACCGUAAGGAAGGUCAUGGACAUGGGAAAUGCAUGGGCAUGGAAUGCUACAAAAACACUUUCAUCAUCUGGGGUUCCCUUUGUUUCUUUGGCACUUUCUUGGCUUUGAUUCUACAUGCUAGGACUCGCAAGUUUUACUCACAAAAACAGUAGAGUAACAUUUUAUUUUACCAUUUCAUGAAUGUAUAUGUUUUUGAUAGAAUCGAACCUAUAAUUAACUUCUAUACUAAUCUCAUGAUGUAUCUUUAUUACUUUGAGCUAUGUUCAAAUGAAGGCCUAUAAGUGUAUUAGAAAAGUAGGUAGAGCAUUUCACUGGUUAUAUAAUGAAACUAUAGGCAAAAAGAGAAGCAUAUAUGUCACAAGUGUACAAGUGGCUCUCGAGUCUCGCCU